AUGGUCUCAGCCGUCAUUGGUACGCAGGCUGAACAUCAAGCCACCGUCCUGUCGGCACAGCAGCUCGUGGAUCAGACUCGACUGGGCAAGCUACGAGUUUCAGCGUACGGCAACAUCGCCGAGGUUUGGCCUGACAAUGCUGAAAACGUAUUGCCUGAGUUACACAAGCAUCAGACAAGGGAAAUCGUGUCCAAACUGCUGAACCCUGUAAUUACGUUCGACCAGACCGAUGAACGUGUGCGUGCGAACAGUGGUAGACUGCCUUCCAGCAUCCACCGGACCUAUUACGAAACCUCACAGACACUCUGUUGCUACGUCGGCAUAGACACGCACCCGAAACAUCGUGAAUUUCCAGACCUGAAGAUCAGCGAGGAAAAUGGUUUCCAGUCGAUCGGGUCGUUUGUUCUUGAGGAUGAUCUGACAAGAGAACGUAUUGAGCGCCAGCUCAGUUGGAACAAGAAGAUUGAACCCACCUCAUACAUCUCCGGGUUCGACGAUCUGAGUCACGCUAUACGAAGAGCAGGUUUCCACUAUGAAGACAGCAAGAGGAUUGGCAUGUGUGUUUCAAUCGCUCGAAUCAGUACCGAUGGCCUGAUUGCUGGGACUGUGAGGUCUCAAAUGAGUACUACAGUGACAGUCAAGACCAAGUUUCCUCACCACGAAGAGGAAAUCGAACAAGCUACGAAAAUUCACAACAUCAUAACUCCGGUAUGGAUACGGAACACGGCUGUACCGGAUGAUCUUUCUGCUAUAACCUCGCAACAACUGGCAGCAUCGGGCGCUGAUAUGUGGCUUUCAAUAACCGAGAUUCGCGCUUCCGACAUGAAGAUCAUUCUACCCAAGGUCCAUACGUAUGACAGGAUAUGCGCAAAGGGGCACGCCUACGAAUGGCUCGCUUGCGGGUCCAUCGCAAAGUCACUCAUCACCCGUGUCAUGCCUUGGGAUGGCGUUCGACUGCACCGAGAUCCAGAUGUGCGAAUCAUCCGGAGCAUAGACAGUCCUAACCCGUGGAUCUUCGACCAAAACACCCUCAUGUGGCGCCUCGACCCUAGACUCUACCGGACUGCCUGCUUCUUGGAAACUUAUGGAAAAAACAAGCGCAUGAUCUCAGAUGAAGAACGCGACCCAUAUCACCAAGGACCCUCGCAAAAGCGCCGCAAGACCGUCAUUAUCUCCACAUACAAGGGAGACAAGGCCAAGAGCACCCCAAAAGCCAAGCGAAACCACAACCCGUAUGCUCCGGAUUACACUCCAGAUACGUCGGAGCUGGCAAACAGUGCUACAGGCUGCUGUUCUGCUUGUGGUCAACAGAAAGCCCCAGUUUCCUUCAACGAGGAGAUUGACGGACCGCUUUCGUAUCUUGACCUGGCUAUGCCGUCCAAGACUGCUCGCGAUUAG